AUAAUCCACACAUUUAUUCAUUUAUAACACUCAAAAUGUAAAGAUCUCAAUGUCAGACAUUAAAUAAUAUGUGAGAAUAUAGGUCAGUGUAGUUUUUAACGGUUUGUGGCAACAAAAUUUGGAACAACAUAACAAAUAGUAUUGCAGUUUUAUAGUGAUUAAUCGAUUCAUCAAAUAAUUGGGGGGGGAAAUAAUCGACUGAUUUUCGGUGUUGUGCGAGAAACGCUCAGCUGUCACGUAAACUUACGCUGACGUCACGGUUGCCUUGGCAACAGAACAGCUGUUGAACCAAGAAACAUGGUCAGGGAGAUGUUAAUCCACUCAGCCUGACCACGGUCCACAACACCAACACCUGAGGGAGACAUGGGCCUGUUGUCCAUUCUUCGGAGGCUGAAGCAGUCUCCAGAGCAGGAGGUGCGCUUACUGUUGUUGGGUCUGGACAACGCUGGCAAGACCACUCUACUGAAACAGCUGGCAGCUGAAGAUAUCAGCCACAUCACCCCUACCCAAGGUUUCAAUAUAAAGAGUGUUCAGUCCUCUGGCUUCAAGUUGAAUGUUUGGGACAUUGGAGGUCAGCGCAAGAUCCGCCCCUACUGGAGGAACUAUUUCGAAAACACAGAUGUGCUGAUCUAUGUGAUUGACAGCUCAGACAAGAAAAGGCUUGAAGAGACAAGUCUGGAGCUGGCUGAGUUGCUGGAGGAGGAGAAGCUUGCUGCCGUGCCACUGCUAAUCUUUGCCAACAAGCAGGAUCUGAUGACAGCCACGCCAGCCUCAGAGUUGGCAGAAUGUCUCAAUCUGCACACUAUCCGGGAUCGCAUGUGGCAGGUCCAGGCCUGCUCAGCGCUUACUGCUGAGGGAGUCCAGGAUGGUAUGACCUGGGUUUGCAGAAAUAUAUCAUUUCGGAAGAAAUAAUUCCAGAAGCAAAAGAUCCUUGAAGAGUUACAGUCGCACUUUACAUUUGACCUAUCCAGUCAUUUUAUGGCCAGGACAAGUAGGUGACAGAUUGUGUUUUGUUUUUUUGAUUUUUUCUAAUGAUUUUAUUUUUGCCACACUGUCUUCACUUGGAAUUACGAAAAACAUGUAGAAACUGUCAGUACAGUGAUUCCACACAUUAACCUCUUUCCCCUUAUAAAUGUAAAUCAUGAAAUGUAAAUACUGUAUAAAGGCUGUUUUAUUCAAAUUGCUGUUUGUGCAAAUUUUUUUGUAAUGUGGCACUUUUAAUGCUCAGGUAUGUAGACACUGAAUAAACAAUAAGUAUU